UUCAAAGAAAACUAUCAAAGGAAGAUCUCUAUGUGAUUCAAAUUUCAAUAUAGUAACAUGAUGAAUUGUAUGUUUCAGGUUCACGUUGAGGAAUAUGUACCAAGCAGCCAGAACCGGAGAUGCAGAAAAAAUGGUUCAGAUUCUUGCGUCAGGCCUGAACGCAAACCACCAGUUCCGCGAGUGGUCGCUAGGCUCGGCAAUGCACGCGGCUUGCCACAACGGCCACCUGGCAGUGGUGCACUUGCUGGUGCAAGCGGGCGCCUCGCCUGACAUUCUGGACAAGGAGCAGAACACGCCACUCAUGCUUGCUGUGUUGGCUGGCCACAACCGUAUUGUUAACUACCUCGUCAAAGCUGGAGCCAGUGUUUCGUUCAAGGGCAGUGAAGGCAUGACUUCGUUGCACCUGGCGGCAAAGACUGGCAACCUUGAGGCAUGCCACUACUUGCUCAGCAAUCCCAACAUGCCGCGUUUCUUCAUUGACUCGGUCGACGACGGUAGAUGGACGCCUCUCGUGUGGGCUGCCGAACACUGUCAUUCCCAUGUUGUCAG